AUGACGAACUCAACCUCUGAGUCGCACUUGUCGACUGCUUCUCGACAGGACAGAAAAGGCAGCGAAAACUCCGCGAUCGGCCAGUCUUUUGUUCCGCCUGUAAGAACUUUGCCGCGCCAAACCGAACAGGCCGAAGCUGCACCGCACGCAGACUACCAGGAUAAACUAUGGACACAAAUCGACGUGCUCGACGACGUACGACGCAUGGCUCGGGAGAAAGAUGCCUACGAAGGGUUUCCUCCGGGAUUCGAAUCGGGACUGAGACAGCUGCGGGAAGCACACAUCAGUUUGCUGCACACGAUGAACAAAAGACGCGACGAACAGGAGGGGGGGGAUGAAACCUUAGAGCCGGGCAACGAGGGCAACGGCGAGGAAAGAAAACUGGUGGAAGAAGUGACGCGCUGUUUGCGCGGGUUGAGGGACUAA